AUGAGAACACAUCUUUUGCAUUCUAUUUCAAUGGAAAUUUCUCUCCUAUUCAAAUUUAUUGAUUCACGCGAUUAAUUCCUUUGUUUCGGAGAAAAAUUUGUUCUUUCUAUUAUUUGUAGUUAUUAUAAAUAUUACUUUUUAAUUAAAUUAUUUUAAAAAAUAAAUUCGCUAAAAUCAGUGAAAAUUGCUUUGCAAUUAAUAUAACAAUGACAUAAUAGAGUUUAAAUUAUAAAGAAGUGUGUGUGAAAUUAUAAUAGAAUAUUAUUUUUUAUUUCUAAGCAAUUAGAAAAGUUAAAUAUGGUUUCAAAAAGGAAAUUAUGCUUUUUGCAAUACACUUCAGCAAUUUCCGCAUCAAUGACAUCAUUAGGACUCGCCUCAGCAGUUGCGUGGUCAUCACCAGCACUUCCCUAUUUCCACACCCAAUCAAAUUUUACUAAAACAGAAAUCUACUGGAUAGUUCCGUUACUAAGCGUUGGCUGUGCCUUAGGUUUUCUACUAAAUCCCCUGAUAAUAAAUCGUCUAGGUAGAAAAAAAUCACUCCUCCUCUACAGUGUACCACAACUAUUAUCAUGGUUACUGUUAAUUUUUUCCAAAAAUAACAUAAUCAUUAUAUAUCUCGGAAGAAUAUUAGCUGGCAUAGGUUAUGGCGCCGGCGCAUGCGCACUCACAUUCUACCUAUCAGAAAUUGGCAAUCGUGAAAAUCGUGGUAUAUUCAUGGUACUUUUCAAAUUAACAAUGUCAAUCGGCAGUUUUCUCACUGUUCUAAUUGGCGCCUAUUGUUCACAUAAUACACUGAAUAUAUUUCUCCUAAUGUUGCCAAUAACAUUUCUAGUCACAUUCAUAUUUAUGCCAGAUUCCACAUAUUUUUUGUCACAAAAUCAAGAAACUGAAAUAAGAAUAGAUUUUCUAAAUGGAAAAAAUGAUUUUUCUAAAUUAGAAAAAUUAAUACAACCUAACCUCAAAAUACAAGCUUUGGAAGAAAGCGAAAAAAGAAUCGAAACUAACCUCAAAACAAGCGACGCUUGGGAGCAAGUGGAAACUAACCUCAAAAAUGCUGACAAUUGUAAACAAAUGGAAACUAAUCUGAAAAACAAAACAGAGGAACAUGACGAAAAUACAAGUGGACUUAAAAAAUUAUUCACAAUUCCAAGUAAUCGUCGAGCGUUAUUAAUAACAAUUGCCUGCGCAGCGCAAAAUGUAUUUUCCGGUUAUGGAAUAACGAAAUAUUUUGCGCAAAAUAUAUUAACUUACGAUGAAUCUUUAUUACCGGCAAAAGACGCCGUUUUUCUAUUGGCCGCCAUUAGUAUUUUAAGUUCAGCGUCGAGUACAUUUACGAUAGAAAAAUUUAAACGACGAACACUUCUUCUUACACUCGGAUGUUUAGCGUCAUUUUCAAUUGGAAUUGUUGGUGUAUUUUUUUAUUUAAAAACAAAUAUGAAUAUUAAAAAUUUUGAUUGGUUACCUCUCGUUGGUUUAGUGAUUUUUGAUUUUUCAUUGACAAAUGGAAACUAUAAUAUUUAUUUAAUUUAUCAAGGUGAACUAUUUCCGAGUGAUGUGAAAAGCGUUGGGAUAACAUUCACUAAAGUGACACUUAUGUUUUUCACUUUUACCGCCUCAAUUGUUUAUCAAUUGUUAAAUGAUAUUUUUGAUAUUUCAAUGAUAUUCGGAAUUUUUGCGACAUUUUGUUUAUUUCAAACUUUUGUCAUUUAUAAAAUUGCACCCGAAACAAAGGGAAAGAGUUUAGAUGAAAUUCAACAAUUGUUGAGGUCCAAAACUCGAAACUGAAAUUCAAAAAUAAUUAUUAAUAUCAUUUGUUUAUAACAAUUUAUCUAAAAGAAUUAAUUGUGAAAUAUAAUUUUUUACGUAUAUAAUUUUUAGUUAUCGUGCCUGCAAUUAAAUUUAA